AUGAAGCGGAUCACCGCCACUAAAAAGCAGAGGCCGACCAUCCGCCAUGAAAACACGCGGCUAGGCGAGGGUGCUGGCAUCGCGCACGGGUACAUCAAUGUCCCUGGCCACAAUGCGUUUCCCAUGCCAGGGACCCUGUCGCCGCCGCCGCCGUCGUCCCAGAUCCCGCUGUCGUCGCUUCCUGGUACGGACAUGCAUGCUGGACCAUCUAGUCGUGCGCAGAUGCAGCCUGACAUGCUCGCUGCCGCGUCAGAUCGACAGAUGCCAGCACGAGAGCAGGGAGCGGGAUUUGCGCCUGACGACGCAUAUGCAACGGCGCCCAUGCCGACAUCCACACCAAGCGCCGAGUCUGUAGGACUCUCUGUGCCACCGGCAGAUGGGUUGGCAGCUGACGCUAUGCCAUCCAGACCACGUGUGCGCCCACCCAAAGCUGCACGACUGCCUUCUCCUACCCCAGCAGCAGCGUCGACGUCGAUGGAAUCGGUACCAGCUGCUCAAGCAGCGCCAUUGGCUGUCGCUAUGGAUCCAUACAUGCGCGAUUCCUUCGCAGAUGCAUGGACUGCACCUGCGCCACCAGGCGCAUCAGAGACGGAGGCGCCACCGACGUCGACCAUAUCGACGCAACCGACGAGCGCAGGUGCUCGCAUGUCGGGCCAAGACGCACCACCUAUCCAAGCGCGCGCUCCUGAAAGACGAUCUGCGCAAGGGCCAUGGGAAUCAUCGACACCACGAACAUCCAUGAUGGUGGACGAGCGUCCUGCGUCGCCGGAGGGGCAUGUCGAUGUACGAUCGCGCUUGCGUCCACGGCGCGAGCCGAAACCGCCCCGAUCUCCUGUGUCUUCGUCAGCUGCUGUGCAGGGCAUUCCAUCGACGUCGGCAUCGACGUCGGCAUCAGCGUUGGCCUCCACGCCUGCGGUGACCUCUGCGCCUGCGCCUGGACUCGAUGCUGCCGUAGCUACGGGUGCAAGCACCAGCGCGGCAGCAGCAGCCAUGGCACCAUCGGGCCAAGAGCCACUGCAUCGACUGGGCUCACUGACGCAGGAGCGUGAAUUGGCCGAGGCACGUCGGAAGCAGAAACUGCGUCUCUUACGCAGCGCUGAGCGCGAGCGACACACGCCUCACCUGCCGCGAGUGAUGCAGCCACGGCGCGGGCGACCAGUGGAAGCGUAUGUCGACCAGCACGAUUCACCGAACUUCCGCACGCUGCAGGCGGUGCUGCGCAAGAUCAAGAGUGAGUGGGACUUUUUGCUCGAUACGGACUUCAACCCCGUGCAGCUAUCGAUGGCGCUCCUGCCGCACGGGCCGUUACGCGCAUACAUGGGAGACUUUUCGUCGCUAGCGGGCAUGAUCGAGAGAGCACUGCAAAGCACGGUCGGCGACCACUACAACUCGUUUGCGUCGGCCAUCACUGUGAAUCAUGGGAUGAUUGCGUCGCUGUCCGCCUCGCAAGACAGCAUUUCUGGCGCGCGGCAGCAGCUGCAAAGUGCGCGUGAUGCCCUCGGGACACGGCGCGCCGACCUAGUGCAGAUGUGGCAGCGGAUGCAGAGUGUGAAGGAGGCGAUGCGUGUGCUGACGCUUCUUGAGCAGCUGCGUGAUGUGCCGGAUGAACUUGAAUCGCUGAUGACGGAAAAGCGGUUUUUGGAAGCGACGCACCUGCUGAUGCGCUCUCUGCGGAUGAUCCAGCGCGACGACAUUGCCGAGCUCGGCGCUGCGGCCGACUUGCGUGCGUACCUGCGGUCGCAGGAGCACUCGCUCCUAGACAUUCUCAUUGAAGAGCUGCAGAGCCACCUGCAUGUGAAGAGUUACUGGUGCGAUGCACGUUGGAGGUCGUACGUGCCGGGGCAGGACACGCUGCCGCAUAUGGUGCUGGGGGCGCCUGGCACGGGUGAGCGUGCGUGGACGACGCUGACGCAGUUUCUGGGCGCUNUGCGCGCGCGCAUUCCGUACGAGAUCGUCGCUGGCAUGCCGCCGGCGGAGGCGGGCGUCGUGCGGGACGCGUAUCUCCACUGGGACGGCUCCGAGGAGACCAAGCCCGAGGCCCUGUCGCGUGCGUCGCCCAAGCGGGACGCCACCCAAACGGCCGAGGACGACAGUUUCCUCUACCUGGAGAUGCUGCUCGAGUCGCUCAUGCAGCUUGGCAAGAUCGGCUAUGCACUCGACACCGUGUCGCAGCUGCUAUCGACGGAGCUGCACCAGCUGGUCGACAAGACGAUCGAGCAGGUGGAAGCACGGCAUGUGUCGCACAGCUCGACGGCGCCGGUGCGUCUCGAGACGGUCCUGUUUGCACCGCAUGCCGUGCACUCGGUGCUGGACGCGCCAGGAAGCGCCAGCCGCCCAUUCCUGCUGCGUGGCCUGCCUGACUCAUCGCUCUCGCGCAUGACGGCCAGUGCCGACCAUGCGGCGCUGCAGCACGACACCGAGAUCAUGCGCGACUUUGUCUGGACGCUGUUCUCGAAGCUGGAGGCGGUGCUUGCCGCGCACCGCGCCGUACAGGAAGUCGCGAGCGUGCUGAUAUCGCGAGCGAAUCCCCACGAUGCCGGCGCGGCGGAUCGCGCGAGUGCCGAGACGGGCGUCGCCGCGCUCGCUCGUGUGUGGGAUGCCGUCGAGCAUGAGAUCCACAUGCUCCUACUCGACUACCUCGUGGAAGACUCUGACCGCACCGUCGUGUCGCAGCAUGUACCGUCUCUGGAGACGGUCCUGCGCAUGACGCGCUUUGAGCGCGAGCGAAAUGUGCUCUUCCGCCUGAAUCACGCCAGCCGGCCCAGUGCGGCUGUGCGCGAGGCGUCCGAGGUCGUCGACGAGGCGCUCGAUGCUUACGUGCCGGGUCUUGUGGGUCAGGAUACGGCGCUGCCGUUCGUCCUGGAGCCGCGCACACGCACAGACGAAUACCUGGGCGCCGGACACCGUCGCCUCGUAAAGCCACUCACGUUCACGGCGUCCAUUCUGCUGCCGCCCACCCUCCAGUUCGUGCAGCGGGCUGAGCAGGUCCUGCCUGCUGACGCUGCGCAUGCCGCCGACUUUGGCCGCUUCCUCCGUGAGUUUGUCCAGGAGCGGUUCCUCCCGCUCCUGGGCGAGCAGGUGCACGCUCUUGUGCAGGGUGCCUCGAGUGCGCCUGAUGCAUUCCAUGCUGAGCCUGCCGCUCGCGUGGGCGUGUCGCGAGCGGUCGUGCGCAGCAGCGUGCAGCUUGUCUCGCUCGUCGAGAGCCUGUAUGCGAUGCUGCAGGCAGCGCCGUUCGAGCAAGCCGGCUUUGCGAACCUGAUCAUCGCGGCGUUCCUCGUGUACUAUGAGGCAUGCAAUGCACGAUUCAAGCGUCUCGUUGCCGAAGAUGCCGACUCGGCCAAUGGGCCCUACCUGCUGGCUGCCGUGUGGGCACAGCGCCCAGAGCUGUAUGCAUGCCUUGCGACGGCUCUCGAUGCGCCGCCAUCCAGCACGCGCGCUGUGGACGUGUGCCGCGCGGAGGCGCGGACCGAGCUGCAUAUGGCCGAGGGCCUGGAUCUCAAGCGCUCCGACCUCAUCACGUCGCGGAAGCGGCACUUGGCGCUUGGCACUCUGCACCACACGCUGCACUGGUUGGGCAUGCACAUCGCACAGUUCCACGUCGAUCCAGCAGCCGGAGACGUGGCGAGCUCAGCUCCAUCCGUUGCAGCGACGCCCACUUCGUCCGCCAAUGCCGAUGGUCGCACUACGGCGCUUCCUCUGCCUGUGGCGUCAGGCACCCAAUCUCUCUGGCAGGAUGUGCCGUCCAUGUAUGCCAUGCUGGCCAAAUGCGUGCUGAUGACGUUGCGCGUCGAGCUACGGCUCAAGACGCUCUACUACCUGCGAGCUGCCGUGCUUGGCUCGUACGUGUGUGAUGCGCUGUCGAUGGAACCCGACGCACAUGUCGUCGAGCUGAACACAGAGCUGGGUGCGUGCCAUGAGGUGUACAAAGAAACCAUGCUUCCCACGCACCAUGCGUACGUUUUUGACGGCCUCGAUGUGCUCAUGGACGCGAUCAUGACGGAAGCCGUCUUGCACGUGACGGCCAUCAAUCGCUAUGGCGUCACCAAGAUGCUGCGAAACCUGCUGAGUCUCCAGCAGAACCUCAAGAACAUCGUCGACGAGCCUCGGCGCAUCGAUCUGGACAGAAGCAAGCGCCUCUGGGAGAUGCUGGCUCGCGAGCCAGAGCAUUGGCUCUCAACGGCCCAGGACACCUACUCAGCUGCCGAGUACCUUGCGAUGGUGCGUCUGAGCUUCGGCUGGGGCCUCGACAAUGCACCGAUCCCGCAUGCCGGCACCUCGCAGCAGCCGGUGUCAGACGAGCGAUUCCGUGCGUGUGUUGACAUGCUUGACGCUGCCUUGAAACGUGAUGUAUCUGCGACAUGA